AUGCUGUUGGUAUACAUUUUGAGUGAAUUUAGUGUUACAAGAAACAUGGGACUACUGAAAAUCACAACCCCCUGUCUGCAUCCAAAAUGGUACAAAUUAUCCCAUGCCCUGAUGUACUUUGCCGUACUUUCUCCACUAGCUGCAGCUAGUGAUGUGGAACACAGAGAGGAAAUGAGAAAGUAUUACGAUAAUGGGACCAGAGCAAGUUGUACUAGAAGAGCAGGAGAGAAGAAAUGUCAUGGGGCUGGCCUUGGCCACUGCCUUAAGUUUUUUCAGUUCCAAAUUCAGGGCUGGGGAGUAAAUUGCUGGUGCCCUUUCCCCAUAUUGAGAGUUGAACAGAUCUGA